AAGAUGUUUUAAUAGACACAAGAGAUACUACUUAUUCAUAGUCUGAAAUAAAUACCCAUCAGAGUAUAGAAAAGAUGGCCACCCAGAUGAACAGCUUUGUUGCACUAGUGAUCUCUUUCAAUCCAAAUCCUAAGCCAACAAUAUCAUCUUCAGGCAAAUUAAUUACUCUUCAAGCAACACUUCCGGGAAAUGGCACUAAUUUCUACGGACAAAAGCUUCAAACAACGCAUUUUUACAAAGGACCUCCUCUGCAACAUAAUAUGAGAACUGAGAAGAUGAUUACUAUUACGGCGAGGACAAGAGAUCCUCCUCACUUCACAUUUCCCACAUUUAGUGACGGGAAAAUUCACUUGUCUAAGGAUUUUACAAAGCUUCGCAGCGAUGGAACUUUAUUUUUCCAAAAUCUAGAUAGUGGUCAUGGCAGUCAAAGGCCAAGCACCGAUCAGAAGGUGGUUGUAAUCUGUACAAUCUAUAACGAGAGGCGUGAGGUGAAAGGAACAGAGGAUGAGAAAAUUACUCUUGUUAUGGGCGAUAAUACUAAUCAACUUGGUAAAGGGUUUGACAUUGCCAUUCGAAAUAUGGGAGUAAAUGGAAGAGCCAUAUUUGUCAUUCAUAAGAAUCUUUGGCCGACUGGAUCAAGGAAGCCGAAGACCGGUUUUGGCAGUAAGCAGAAGUACAUAGUUUGUGAUGUAACAUUAGUUAAAAUUUUGGGGUAGAUAUUUCAAAUAAAGUGGUAAUGCUUCAUGUACUGUCAUUUAUUUAAGCACUACUUUUCUUUUUCUUUUUUCAUUUUUCUUUUUCCUUGGGCGAAGUAUUUUAGAGUGAUGAAUAAGUAUUAGUAAGUGUUGUCUCAAUAAUAAGUUGAAUAAGUAUAAUCCUUCUUUUUAAAAUAAAUAAUAAGUUGUAGAACUUUUAGUGUAAUGUAGAAUUUGACAUUGUUGUCCAAUAGAAAACAAAUUCAUGUA